GAAUUCAAUACGGAAGUGAGAUGCUCCGGAAGAUGGUGGCGUCGUCAGCGUCUAGUUAAAAAAUGCAAAAAGUAAAAUAAAAUAAUAAUUUAAAAAGAAGCAAUAUAGUUUUAAGAUUAGAGAAGACGCAACGCAAUAAAAUGAAGUAUUUAGUGACUGAAUGUCCGUCUCCUCAUGAUAAAUAAAUUGCUCCUAACGGGAACAAGAUGGACUACAACAGACCCCAGGGGGGUUCCUACAUGGACAAUCUCAUUGGGACUUUACUCGCAAUAUUUGGAAAUUUGUUUGUGAGCAUCUCCUUAAGCAUUCAGAAAUACAGCCAUGUGACAUUAGCAGGAAGAAAGGACCAACGUGCUUUCUAUUGCACUAAAACGUGGUGGUCUGGUUUUGUAUUCACCUGUAUUGGGGAGGGAGCCAACUUUGUCUCUUACGCUUUUGCCCCUCUUGCUCUCAUAGCACCUCUUAAUGCAGUAUCUGUCCUGACCAGCUCAAUUUUGGGAUUUUUAUUUUUGCGUGAGAAAUGUAAAGCAAAGGACUUUGCAAAGCACUAUGGACUGACAUUCCUGGGCUACAUCCUCACAAUUGGAGGAACGUACCUCUUUGUAGCAUUUGGACCAAAUUCUCAUGAAAAACUUCAAGCAGAAAACAUUGUGAAACAUAUUGUGGGAUGGCCUGUUCUUUUGUAUUUGCUCCUGGAGAUUAUCAUGUUCUGCUUGCUUUUAUACUUCUACAAACAAUGUGGCACAAACUACCUUCUUAUUAUUCUGUUGCUGGCUGCAUUGCUAGGCUCUGUCGCAGUCAUUACAGUGAAGGCAGUUUCAGGCAUGCUGGUUCUGACCAUUGAGGGCACCAUGCAGCUUGAUUACCCGAUCUUCAGUGUCAUGUUUGUGUGCAUGGUAGCGUCGGUGAUCUUCCAGGCCAGAUUUCUCUCCCAAGCUUGUAAACUGCAUGACUCCUCUCUGGUUGCGAGUGUCAACUACAUCCUUUCCACCAUCUUUGCGAUGGUGGCUGGAGCCGUGUUUUAUCUGGAGUUUAAGAAUGAAGACAUCCUUCAUAUCUGCAUGUUUCUGUUGGGGUCUGCAUUCUGUUUCCUUGGAGUCUUUUUAAUCACCAAAAACAGGAAAAGGGCCAAGCUCUUUGAACCAUAUGUCUCCAUGAACAUGGCUAAUGGUGUCCCAACGAUCCAUGAUAAUGGCCAGGUUGUUCAGCCAGAUUUUAACGGAUCCUUCUCUUAUGGUGCUCUUGUCAACAAUGAUGGAGUGGCUCCUGCUACUUUACCUGUCAACCUGGAGCCCCCAUCAGUCACCUCCAGAGCCACAGAUUCAUCUUGUGGCCAGCCUGGCCUAAAGAAAGACUGAAACUCACUGCCUCCUAUUUAAUUCCUAAAUAUUAUUCAAGGGCCUUAAAAUGCCAUGAUGGGUAGCAGUUCCUACCUUGCCUUACACUCCUACACAUGCUUUCCUUUUUGGAAGUUGCUAAACCAAACAAUGAAGAGGAAAACUAUUGCUUUUUUCCUCCUUUUUGAGAAGAUGUCAACUUUUUUUGCUACAGAAAUUAACAGAGAAAACUUGAAGCUGAUGAAAUGUCUUUAGGAAUGAAAACUAAGACAGGAUGCUUUUCAUUACUCUAACCUAUGCUUCCUUCCAUCAUCUCUGCUAUGGAAAAUAUUCCCCUUCACCAUCCUUGAAUAGUCUUCAUGUUCCAAUCUUGUAAAUGCACAUUGAAGUAUGGAGAUGAGGAGCAACACGAGGUUUCUGGAUAACCGUAGUGGGAGAAAACAUUUGUAAUCUAUGCAAAAGUCUUUUAUUUAAGUGUAUUGCUUAGAAAUAUUUUGCCUCAACAAAAUAUUUCUAAAAGUAUUUCUAAUUUGGGAGUUAAACGUCAAGAGCUGAGGAAGCAAAGCAAGUAAGGGGAGUUUACAUGUUGGCAGAGUAAAAAAAAAACCCACACUGCUGUACAUUGAAGCUUCUUGCAAAAUACACUGAUCCAUUUUAUAUAUAUAUGUAUAUAUAUAUUACACAAUUUACACAAAUAAUAAGCAAUUUGUUGUUCCCAAUUAGUCAUGAUUGGGAAAAUACUGCACAGUAAUCUUUUCUGCCAUUGAAGAUUUGUGCUGACAAACUUAACUCAGUGUUGAUACCGACCAAUGUUGUACUGUAGCAACAUAGUUUUUUUUAAAAAAAGAAGACUUGCCAAUGGUCACUUUGACUUUAAGUAUCUGUCUCUUUCUCUGUUAUACAUGAAGCAAUUUAAUGAACUUUUUGUCUCCUGUUCUUGGGAUUUUACUGAAUUGUGGUUUUUCUUAACGUGACCAAAUACUGUGUGCGAUGGUUUUAAUUUAUUGUGACAUAUUUAUUGAUUUUUUUCCCCUAGACUCUGCUUUGAAUGUGCCUCAGAAUUUAGCUUCACACAGGACCGAUCACAGUAGGGUUGUGCAUGUUGCAUAAGCUGUAGGUGAGUAAUAAAUUAAAUGAUUAUUAAAUGGUAAAUUAGUCUGGCAGAUUAGUUAUUUCAAGGCAGCUGUAUUGUAUCAGUGCCUGUUUAAAUCAGAAUUUUGCUUUGUAAAAUAAAUGUAAAGCACCAUUUAGAAAAUAUUGGUACUGUACCAAUAGUUUGAUGUCAAAGCAUCACAAGUAGUCAUUUUAAAAUGGAAAUGUAACUUAAUUUAGUAAAGUUUCCUAUUUGGAUAGCCCUAUUGAGUGCCUUCUUUUGGCAAACUAGAAAUUUAAGUUAAUGUUGAAUUGCCACGAUUCUUUCUUGUACAAGGAAAUACAAUAUUUCUUUUCAAGCUUUAAAAAAUUGCUGCAUAAAAAACCUUUUCCACAUGCAGCAAUGCAUUUAUUCAGUGUUAACAACACAGCUUUGUAAAGGGCUAAUUGACUCAGCUCAGUGGUGAUGUUGCCUGUCAGUCAUUUAAUUUAUUUCACCCUCUCAUAAUACCAGGAAACCGUUGUAAAUACUAUGUACUCUCAUUAAAAAAUAUUCUCAUCCAAGUUUGGAGUAAUUUGUAUUUGAACUGUUUUUUUAACCUAUGUGGAGGGAUAGAAAGGUUCAUGCUAUUGCACAGAUUGUUUCUCAGCUGCCUUAAAGAAUAUCAAAACCAUCAAAUCCCCCCAUAAUUCAAAAUGAUGAUUAUUAUUAUUAUACUUAUUUCAGUAAAAACACUUAUUUGUAUUGCUUGAAAAACAUUGUAAAAGGUCUUAAAUUACCAAAAAUUAAAAACUGAUGUUGCA